AGGUAACAACUAGCAACUGCCACUUUGAUUCUCUCACACUGUCUUGUGUUGUGUUGUGUCAUGGCAUUAACUGCCACUACUUCAAUCAACAUAAGUCACCAUAGCACUUUGAUUUUUCCUCCGAAACAACACAAGCAGCACCUUAGAAUCCACAGGUUUCGAUGCAGUGGAACUAAUCCGAACAAAGAGUCGGAAUCACAGAACAAUGCAAUUCUCAAGCUUGCAUGGUAUAGUUCCGAGCUUCUUGGCAUUGCAGCGUCCGUUUUCCGUUCACCAUCUAAUGAGGAAGUUCCUCCUCAGAGGCUUCUUCAGACCAUUGAUCGUGCUGCGGUUGUGGACACUAUCAAACAAGACUUUGAAAGAUCCUAUUUUGUCACAGGAGAUCUGACAUUAAAUGCUUAUGAAGAGGAUUGUGAAUUUGCAGACCCAGCAGGCUCAUUUAAAGGGCUUCAGCGAUUCAAAAGGAACUGCACUAAUUUUGGAUCCCUUCUGGAGAAGUCAAACAUGAAGCUGAUGAAGUGGGAAGAUUUUGAAGACAAAGGAAUUGGACAUUGGCGAUUCAACUGUAUCUUGUCCUUUCCUUGGAGGCCCAUUCUUUCUGCAACUGGAUACACAGAAUACUAUUUUGAUGCACGAUCGGGAAAAGUAUGCAGGCAUGUGGAGCACUGGAAUGUUCCCAAAAAGGCAUUGUUCAAGCAAAUUCUAAGGCCUAGUCGUGGAUUUGGCUUAAAAGAUUAUGUGAAUAGGUGGUUGAAAGCAGUGCAGAUGAAGCUUUAAAUUACAAUAGUUCUGUGAUGGUGUCAACAAUAUAUAUAGCUUUGAAAUAUUGGAUGCUUGAUGUAAGCUUAUGAAGAUCUCGUGCUGCAAAUUACAUGGACGAAGGAUCAAUUAGGAUAUUCCUUAUAUAUUUUGGAUCAAUAAGAGUAAAAAAACAUAACAAAUAUUUUUUAUUUUUGUUUCUGCAAACAUAACUUACAACAUUUUUUAUUUUUGUAUUUUUGUCCGUGCAUAAAACAAUAGUCAAAUAGUCAAUACAAAUACUUAGUGAUACGUUACCUCA